AUGGACAGCGCAGUACACUCCCGCGCUGGUACCUAUGCAUUCUCAGCGAUUGAGUCCAUUGCAACUCUCCAAUACUAUUGCCUAGCUGCCAUAGUGAUACUUUAUUACGACUUCGCUCUCACAUUCCGGCAGGAGAUACAGCGAAUAUGGAAGCAGAAGAUAUCCAUCGUCUCCUGUAUCUUCGUCCUCAACAGAUACCUCACCUGCUUGGGGUAUAUUCCCAUCGUUUAUUUCUUGUUUAAUUCUCCGGAUAGUGACAAGGCGUGUACGGCAUUUGCACGAUUUCCUGGUGCCUUAAGCACGAUUACACAGGUGUUCAAGUCGCUGAUACUUGACAUUCAGCUUUUCAUAGUCGUAAUUCUUAUCAUGCGUGUUUAUGCUCUGUACCAAGCCAAACGUUGGAUACUAUGGCUCACUGUUCCUCUGGGAGCGUUGAGUGUUGCGAUCGCUGCGGAAUAUGAAUCUAGAAAAUUAGCUUUCAAACUUUCGUGGUUCAUUAACGGCGCUUUCGACAUAUUAAUAUUCCUCCUUACGGUCGUCAAGACAUGCUAUAUUUCUAAAGAGCACAGACAAGCUGGAAUGCGUUCGGGUUUAACACGAUUACUUAUCAGAGACGGUGGAAUGUUCUUCGGGUAA